AAAAUUGAGUAUCAUUUUUUCUUGCCGAUAUGAGGAACCAAAGAAAGUUUUAAAUACACAAAGGAAGGUGGGAUUUGAUAUGGCUGCUGAAUUACUGUGUUACUUGAGUAAAUUGUAGGGACUGUCUCGUAAGAACUAAUAAUCCUUUCAAGGUCAAAUACUGGUAGAAGAAUUGUUUGUAAUGGUACAACAGCUGGAUAAUAAAUAUAACUUGCCAAAGUUAGCCAAAGUUCCCGACAUACUGCGCUUUGUUGUUUGACUCUAGAAAUAUGACGUAAUGAAGCUACUAGAUGCUAUAAAUAUACCUGGAUGCGCCAAGGAGUCGUUUUUGAUUAUUGGAUAUUGGAUAGCGAAGGUACACAGGGCACGUGAACGCAACACAAUGUGAACGUUAACUCUGGUGUGACAGAAGACUGAGUAUGUCCGCUGGUGUAAACAUGUUUUUGUGAUGGCAGCUUUGACACUUUCAGUUUGAAAGGCGGGCAGUAGUCGGUGGGGAACUCCGGCUUGACCGUCUACAGACGCCAUGGGGAACCGGUGGUCUCGCAGCGGCAGUACCCUGUCGCUCCUGCCGGAGAGGCACAGCUCUGGGCGGCGGGGAGAGGAUAAAGAUUCCGAUAAUGACUCUUUGGAUGGGCUCGGCAGACGGGAGGACAUAGCCGAGUUCCCAUACGUGGAGUUCACCGGCAGAGACAGCAUAACAUGCCCAACAUGUCAAGGCACUGGACGCAUACCCUCAGAUCAAGUGAAUGAACUGGUUGCAUUGAUCCCAUACAGUGACCAAAGGCUGCAGCCCCAAAGAACGAAACUAUAUGUUGUCCUGUCAGUUGUGCUGUGCCUCCUGGCUUCUUCGCUCGUGGCCUUCUUCCUCUUCCCUCGCUCAGUGAUCGUGGUGGAUGAUGGGAUACGCUCGGUGACUGUGCGCUUUGACCACUCCAACAUGAAGGUCCUAAUGAACAUGACGAGCACACUAAACUUCAGCAAUCCGAACUUCUUCUCGGUGCUGGUGCAGAGUGUCAGCUGCCAGGUUCUCUACAUGAAGAUGGUGAUUGGGACUCAACAGCUGGACAAUGCCACAACCAUCCUACCACUCAGUGAGAGUCAGGUAAACUACACCGUCAGCGUGGAGAUCGGCAGCAACGCUCCCUACGUCUAUGCUUUCUGCACCAUGCCCAGCAUUAAGGUCCACAACAUUGUGGUUUUUAUGCAAACUGCGGUGAAAACCUCUUACAUGGUGCGAACAUCCCAGAACAGCCUGGAAGCCUAUCGCUACAUAGACUGCGGUUCCAACACCACAUACCACCAGAAAACCCAUUAGCACUGGCACCUCUCCCCAAGCCGCUCCCCAGCCACAUCCUUCAGCCCCCCCCCCCCUCUGCUGUGAGUGCACCAGUCCUGGAGGGGAUGGAUCUUUUUCUCUGGAGGAGGCGGGAGAUGUCAGCACACACUCUCAAAGAUGGAUUUUGCUCUUCCUCGCAGACAAAACCACCACCAGCAGCAGCAAAAUACCAAAUGGUGCUUUUUUUUUUUCUAAGCUUGCACAGAACAGUAACAGUAUGUUGCUGUCAUAUUGUGCCAUUGAAUUAAGCUGUUACCUAAAAAAACACAAGUGUGUGUGAAGGGAAGGGAAUUGGAUAUUUCUUGCCACAUGGAAUGAGGGCAGCUUAGUAACAUACUACUUUCCUACGAUUGCCUGAGCUAACUCGUCAUGUCUAAAACAGAACUAUUUCAAUCUUGCUGACAUCAUGAGUCACAUGCUCUCUUGGCAAAUAGAAUGAGUCAUCGGAAAAGUGGGAGUCAUUGGCAAAGGGCUCUCUAAGGCUUUGUUUCAGUAGCAGGGCAAAUGUCAGAGAAAGCUCUUGUCUUAAAGGGAUCACGGCUGGCAUUCCCAGCUGAUUAAUGAAGUUCCAGCGAUGGCGAGCUUCAAUUAACGCUACAGAGCUCUGUCUGUGUCUGCUGCAUUCUUCAGCACAGCUGGAAUGUCUUGAGACACUGUAACAAUGUGUAGACUGGAAGCUGCUGACUUUUUGUUAACAAUAAGGGAGAAGAGACGGAGCUGGCCUGCUGUUUCCAAUUUGUGUUUAAUGCAACCGCAGGAGGGAUCAUUUAGGGAUUGUGUUGAUGUAUCUCGAAAAAUGGUACACAUCGAUGAAUUUAUUGCUUUUGCUGUGUUAUUUAACUAUUUCUGAAGUUGAGACUGGUUUAAACAAUUUAACAUAUGGUGGAUGUUUUAAAUGAGUGAAGAAGUUAUUUUUGAGUACCUCUCAGCAAGUCUAAACACACUGAUUUUUUAUAUUCAGGAUGUGGGUCCAUAUUUGUCCAGAUUUGCUUUAAGGCAUCAGCAAAGCUUGUGUGUUGAUGUGAGAGUAUUCUGGUUAGUAUGUUUUUAAUCAUUUACACUCCUAGUUAAGUUACUGAAAAGGGCUUUAAUAUAUUAUCCCACAUAUGUACCUCAUAUAAUAUGUUCUGUUGAGCAUCUGUGUUACAAAAUCUUCUCCACCAUGGCCUUAACAGUCCAGAUGUGCUAACAGCAUUUUAACAUCCCAUCUGAUGGAAGAAUCUAGACUGUAAUCGAUCUGUCAGACUGGGUAGAACACAAUAGAUUUACACUGUUAAUUCCUUUGCCUUAUCCAAAUUUGUUAACUCAUCUCCUCAGUAGCUUAUCAAACCUGAAACACCUCUGCAGAGUAUUUCAGACAUCUGCUCUGUAUAGAUUUAUAAGGUUGACUUCCAACACAGAAACACAGUAACUGAAAGCAAUAGUGAUUUGACAUUUUUUUAAAGGGAUGGUUCUUUUGAUGGUUUCUAAAUUUUUGUUUCAUAAAAUGAACGAUUUUACCAGAUUUUUUUUUUUUUUUUUUAAAGUGUAGCAUAUAUUUUUGUGCUUGAUUCUAGUUCUCAAAAAGGCAAUUUUGAAUAAAUAAAAUGAAUAAUGAACACCA